AUGAAAAGAGAGGGCUGGACCCGCAUGCCUCGCAUUUGCAGCCCAUGCAGCACGUGUUUCAUGCCUGUAAAAAGCUCUCAUCUGCGAGCGUAAAGCCGAAGGGGCGUGGAUAAGGGCUUGUGUUACCUGCCCUAGACUUUCACCUGCGGAGAAAUGGAAAGAAUUUAACAAACCAGCAACAGCGGUCCAUGAGCCCUGGAACAUAAAACCAUUGGCAUUCCAGCAGGGACACAGAAGAAGGAACUCGACUCUCACGACAGGUUCACCUAAAAACACUCCACUCGGUCCUCCUUAAAAAACAAAAAGAGCUCGUCACAAGCAGUCUUCAAAGACUUUCGUCGGAGAGUCGGAGAGGCAUCCUUCAGCGACUUUCUGAGACCCGACUAUGGCUCUCAGGUUUCCAACUUCACAGAGAAUCAGAAAGACACGUCGGAGAGACAAAAACAGCGUGUUUACCUGCGCAGGUGGAACGGAGUGGCCCAUGUGAGCUGGAUAUCUACACUGAAUGGACACCAUGAGCAGACCCCUGCGACUCUGGAUCUUUAAUGUGCUCCUCUGUUUUGGCAUCAUUUAUUCCAGACUCGGGGCUCUUUCCUCUGUGGUGGCCCUCGGUGCAAACAUCAUCUGCAAUAAAAUCCCCGGUCUCGCCCCUCGCCAGCGUGCCAUCUGCCAGAGCCGACCCGACGCUAUCAUCGUGAUAGGAGAGGGGGCACAGCUUGGCAUCAACGAAUGCCAGUAUCAGUUCAGAUACAGCCGCUGGAACUGCUCCGCACUGGGAGAACGCACGGUCUUCGGGCAAGAGCUGCGAGUAGGCAGCAGGGAGGCGGCAUUCACCUACGCCAUCACGGCCGCUGGUGUCGCUCACGCCGUCACCGCCGCAUGCAGCCAGGGCAACAUAAGCCACUGCGGGUGCGACCGGGAAAAACAGGGCUAUUACAACCAGGAGGAGGGCUGGAAAUGGGGAGGAUGCUCGGCGGACAUCAAGUACGGCCUCGAGUUCUCACGGAAGUUUGUGGAUGCCCGUGAGAUUAAAAAAAAUGCCCGACGAUUGAUGAACCUUCAUAACAACGAAGCCGGGCGAAAAGUUCUUGAGGAACGAAUGAAGUUGGAAUGUAAGUGCCACGGCGUUUCGGGCUCCUGCACCACCAAAACAUGUUGGACCACGUUACCGAAAUUCCGUGAGAUCGGCUACGUCCUGAAGGACAAGUACAAUAAAGCGGUUCACGUGGAGGUCGUUCGAGCCACCCGACUGCGCCAGCCCACCUUUCUCAAGGUGAAGAAAACUAACGGUUAUCAAAAGCCCUUGGAGACGGACUUGGUCUUCAUAGAGCGAUCGCCGAACUAUUGCGAAGAGGACGCCAAAACUGGCAGCGUGGGGACGCAGGGUCGACUGUGCAAUCGAACUUCGCCGCACACGGACGGUUGUGACCUCAUGUGCUGUGGGCGGGGCUACAACACGCACCAGUACACCAAGGUGUGGCAGUGUAACUGUAAAUUUCAAUGGUGCUGUUUUGUGAAAUGCAACACUUGUAGCGAGCGGACGGAGGUUUUUACCUGUAAAUGAGUGGACGUUAGUCCACAACAAAAAGUUGGCGUUCAAGUCCACAAGGUCAGAUGUGGAAUUGGGUAGCUCCAUGGGUUGUACCCAAUGGAAAAAAAUCCACAGAAUGGAAUCUGAACGGGAAUUUCGAUCUUAUCAGCUCUUUGUGGCGUUGUUUUGCACAGCUGAAUGUAUAUUUGCUUAAAAACAGAGUUAAAUACUAAAGUCUAUCAAUAGAUACAAGGCCAGCAUGUAUCCACACUGACUCGAGCUUAAGGACUGCAGGAUACCAGCCGUGCCCUGGACCCCAGUGCAUUCUGGGAUUGUAGAUUUUUUUCCAUAAGAAGGUCAUCAGAGAUUUAAUGGAGGUUGUUGGACAUUGACAGAACUGUUUGGAAAAGCUAAUAAAACCACAAGACAUUGUUUCAUCUCAACAUGCUGCAUUUAAAGGCAAAGAGGAACUCAAAAUGUUGAGUUAUAUUUAAGGAGCUCUGUAAACCAUGCAGACUGCAAAUCAAGGAUGUAUAAAAAUUGCCAACUGGAACCUGAUAGAGUUUGUUAGUCAUCCAGUCACACUGGAACUGUCUGUUCGAACACUGAAAAUAAAUUAUUAUAUAUUAUAUGUUAUAGUCUCAUAAGGAACCGAAGCGCUAACGGGUAGAAAUGUCUUAUUUUGUAUUAAGUGUAAAAAAGGAAACAUACGAAAUGAAAAGAAAGACUUUGUAGAAACUUGUGACUGAAGAUGUCUUUUAGAGGAGAAAAAGGCCCCAGAUAUUUUGACCCAAACCCAAAAUGGUUUUAUGGCUAAUGAUAUGUUGACUUUCGAAACCACUGUCAUUUUGUGGUCAGCUGAUACGUUGCUUCACCUUUGCUGUAAUCUAGCCGAAGGAUCGCAACAGAGAUACGGAAAACUUUUCUUUUUCCAACUAGUUAAACAAACCUUGUCAACUCAAAGAUUCUUCCUCAGUUUAUUAAAUGUGGGAUGAGUAUAUUUUUGGAUAUGUUGCACUGAUAUUUUUCUAUUCAGAUACGAUGCAAUUAAAUCAAAAUAAAUAUCAUUUGAGAUGUUAUUGCGGCAGAACUCUUGGUAUCGUGGUUUCAUGUUUUUCAUCUGUGCACAAUCACUGAAAGAAAAAACUGUUUGUCAUCGCCUCUAAAAUUACUUUAAAGAGUUAUUGUUAUGAAAUUCCCUCCACUUCACCCGUCUGUCCAAUAAUUUCAUGGAAAAAAUUCCAGCGUUACAUUUUUACUUGCUGCAUAUCCAGUUUCAGUGUUUUGACCAAACAUCGGAGGAAAAGUUUUUUUUACAAUUUCAGCAUGAAUCCCAACAUUAAAAAUUGAAAAAUUUAAUCUGGAACAACGGGCGAAUACAGUUCUGUAUUCCGAAAUUCCUGAUUCCCAGAAAAACCAUUUCAUUAAAAACACAUAACCAUUUUAAACGACAGUCUGAAUUUCUACAGCUGAGAAAAUGAAAUCCAUUGGUGGCUUUAUGCUGCGUUUCCUACACACGACUUUCCACUUCCAUUUCUUUAAAGUCUAUUUGGGAAUCUUGCCUAAAACGAGGCAGUAAUAUUCACUGCAGAGCUCCUAAAGGCCGGAAAUUGUCCCCUGUUCCAAACUUUCAGUCACUCUUAAUCUUAAUUGGGCAUGAGAAGACAUACAUCAUUAGAUAUUGUACUUACAUCAAUCCAACAGCCUGUGGAUGUGGCUUUUCCUUACGUUAUUGGAGAAUCAAACACAUGUUUAUAAUAUCUUGUGGUUUGUUUCCUUGAUUAUGGCAUGUGUACAGUUAUCUGUGGAAUUAAAGGGAAAAAGAAAAGACAGUUUUAAGUUGACUCAACUGCAAUAGACAUUCAGAUUUCUUUCAGCGCUUAUCUUUGUAUCUAUUUUAAUCGGUUUAUUCUGUUACCCUGCAAUUUUAAGAGAUCUGCAAAUUUGUAUUAUAUUUUAUUUUAUAGCAUGUUCUUUUAUUGCUCAGGAGUUCAAAGUAUGACAAUUUGCCGCAUUUGCUGGUUGCGUAUGCGCCUACAGGAGAAUGUAGUAUGAGAUGCAUUGCAUUUUGUCGCAAUACGCAUGCGUCGAACGACUGCGUACGUUCGUAAAAAAACAGACUAUACCCCAGGCCACAAUGAAUGUGGAUAAAGUAGCAUAGCUCAUUUGGUAUUGAGAGAAUUACAUGAAAAGUAUUUGUUAUAGAAAUU